AGGGGCAGAGAACUACAUUACCCACAAUCCCUGCGCCCCGGUAGUGUGCGGCGAGUAGCCAGUGGAGAGGGGAGCAGGGAACCGGCAGAACUCGGAUGGCACUGGGAAUGGCCCCCAAGGUAACGACGGAGAUUCUGUGCCAGCUGAGACACGCCAUGCGCUCGUGCCCGUCCCUGUCGGAGCCCCUUCAGGCCUACAUUGUGCCCUCCGGAGAUGCCCACCAGAGCGAGUACAUAGCGCCCUGCGACUGCCGGCGGGAAUUCAUUUCCGGAUUUGAUGGUUCUGCAGGUACGGCCAUUGUGACUGAGCAGAGCGCCGCCAUGUGGACAGACGGGCGCUACUUCCUGCAGGCGGCGCAGCAAAUGGACAGUAACUGGACCCUCAUGAAGAUUGGCUUAAAGGACACGCCCACUCAGGAGGAGUGGCUCAUCAGUGUUCUACCAGAUUCAUCCCGGGUUGGAGUCGACCCAUUUAUUAUACAAACAGACCAGUGGAAGAGCAUGUCCCUUGCCCUUAAGAAUGCGGGGCACCUUCUGGUUCCUGUAAGGGCAAAUCUGAUUGACUCCAUCUGGGCAGAUUGCCCUGUGAGGCCGUGCCAACCCCUCAUUACUCUGGGGCUAAACUACACAGGGCUGUCAUGGAAGGCAAAGAUUGAAUCGCUUCGAGCCAAGAUGGCCGAGAAGAAAGCGUCCUGGAUUGUCCUGACGGCAUUGGAUGAAGUUGCCUGGCUCUUUAACCUUCGAGGCCUCGAUGUGGAAUAUAACCCUGUGUUCUUUGCUUACGCCAUUAUAGGCAGCAGCACCAUCAGGCUGUUUAUCAGUGGGGAGCGCCUGGCGGAUCGGGCCCUUAGGGAACACCUCCUACUCGAUGCCUCGCCCCCCCCUGAGUUUGCGGUGCAGUUGGAGCCCUAUGAGUCCAUAUUGCCCUCCCUGCGGGGUAUCUGCACCGGACUCGCUGCCAAAGAGAAAGUGUGGAUCAGUGACAAGGCCAGUUAUGCCCUGACGGAGGCAAUUCCCAAGGCGCACCGGCUCCUGUCCCAGUACAGCCCCAUUUGUCUGGCCAAAGCCGUGAAGAACCCGGUGGAGACGGAGGGAAUGAGAAGGGCCCACGUGAAAGAUGCCGUGGCCCUCUGUGAGCUGUUUCAUUGGCUGGAAAAGGAGAUCCCGAAGGGAACGGUCACGGAAAUCUCUGCUUCCGACAAGGCUGAGGAAUUCCGCCGGCAACAAGAGGAUUUUGUGGAGCUCAGUUUCGCCACCAUUUCCAGCUCCGGCCCCAACGCCGCCAUCAUUCAUUACAAACCUGUCCCUGAAAACAACCGGCCGCUCUCAGUCAAUGAGAUUUUCCUCUUGGAUUCCGGAGCCCAAUACAAGGACGGGACCACCGAUGUUACCAGGACUGUGCACUUUGGGACCCCCACUGAGUAUGAAAAGGAAUGCUUCACGUACGUGUUACAGGGGCACAUCGCUGUCAGUUCCGCCGUGUUCCCCACCGGAACCAAAGGGCACCUCCUGGACUCCUUUGCCCGCGCGGCGCUGUGGCACAACGGACUGGACUAUUUGCACGGAACCGGACACGGAGUUGGUUCCUUCCUGAACGUUCACGAGGGGCCGUGUGGCAUCAGCUACAAGACGUUUGCAGACGAACCCUUAGCGGCGGGAAUGAUCCUGUCUGAUGAGCCCGGGUAUUAUGAAGAUGGGGCGUUUGGCAUAAGGAUCGAGAACCUGGUUCUGGUGGUUCCGGCUAAGACCAAGUACAAUUUCCGGGACCGGGGGAGCCUGACCUUCCAGCCAAUCACACUGCUUCCCAUUCAGACCAAAAUGAUCAACGUUCAGCUCCUGACACAAACGGAGGUUGAUUGGCUGAACGAGUACCACAGACAGUGCAGAGAAGUGGUGGGAGCGGAGCUGGAGAAACAGGGGCGCCACAAUGCCCUCCAGUGGCUGCUCAGGGAAACGCAGCCCAUUAGCAAAGCCAACUAGUAAAUGUGAGUUCUGUACACAUGGCAGCUCCCAGGCCCAGACGGGCGGCGCCACAUCCCUCGUGCCACUGAGAACGGACUUUCCCACGGACAAACAAUCUGCAUUGCAGGCAGCGGCGCGACCCCGGCCAGUUGGGCCCUAAUAUUAAGUCUCUUCACCAUUUGGUACCUGCCCAUUGUCUUUAUAGGAACCAUUUGCCCCUAUCAGAGUUCUGCCCCACAGCCUGGCAGCCGGACUUCCCUCCCCACUGUGAUUAAGGGGAAACUGCACCUCAAAUUAACGUGUACUGUGGCGCUGAGAAAUUGCAGUUGGUCUUUAUUUCUUA